GAGGCAUAAAGUUGCAUAAGAACAGGAAAUGUUUUGAACCUGUCUACCUAUCACCGCCGUCUCAUAUCAUCAACUUUACUCUUUAAAAAAACAACAAAGAGUCAACAUCAAGAUGAUCCUUUUAUGGAUUACACUGCUUCUUCUCCAUGGAGUAUAUGCACUGAUCCCAGUGACCACAGUUCAACUAGGUGAAUCUGUGACCUUCACAUGUCUCUACCCUGAUCUGGAGUACAGCAAUACACGGAUCAAGUGGUACAAACAGACUUUUGGUGAUACUCUUGCAAUUAUUACUACACUGAUGAAAGCUACUGCAAGUCCGACAUUUGAACAAGGAUUUUCUUCUUCACGGUUUAAUGCAAACCACACUGAAACCAUGAGCACUCUGACCAUUUUGAAGACAAUUGAAGAAGAUGAGGCACUGUAUCACUGUGGGAUCACCACCUGGAGUAAGGAUAGGUGGAGUGCCACAUAUUUGACUUUCAAAGGAAACAAUCAGAGGAGGACAGACUAUACUGUUGUUCAGCAGCCGACAGUAUCUGAUCCAGUCCGUCCAGGAGACUCUGUGACUCUCCGGUGUUCAGUCCUCUCUGACUCCGACGAUAAAGCAUGUCCAGGUGAACACACUGUGCACUGGUUUGGAGUCAGAUCAGAUAAAUCUCAUGCAAGCAUCAUCUACACUCAUGGAAAUAGUCUUGAUGAAUGGGACAGGAAACCUAAAGCAAGUUCUUCUCCAAAGAGCUGCGUUUAUCACUUCUCCAAGAACGUCAGCUCCUCUGAUGCUGGGACUUAUUACUGUGCUGUGGCCACAUGUGGAAGUAUUAUAUUUGGAAGUGGAACAAAACUGGACAUUGAAGCAUCCAACAUUACACUACCCACGUUUGGAACCAGCUUGUGGUCUGUUGAUGUUUUACAGAAGGACAGUAUAAUUCUGUUUGUGCUGUGCGCUGUCUUGGCUAUAAGUGUGAUUGUUAUAGCCUUCCUCAUUUUCACCAUCAAGAAAAACAAAUGUGAUGAUUGCAAUGAUAAAGCUGCUGUUGUUUCCCUGCAAGAAAAUGUUGCAAAAAGGAAUUUAAAGAGAGAUGACACAUGGAUUUAUUCCACUGCCGUCUUUACCAUGGUGAAAACUGGCACUGGUGGAACGAGGGAUUCAAAAGCAGGGGACAGAGAGAGAAUCUACACUGCUAUCAAGGCUCUUGGAUUAGAUUAGAAAGUUAAGUGGAUUGUUUGAGAUCAGUUAGUGUAGUUAUAUGUGACAUAUAUAAUAUUUUGUUAUUAUAUGCGACUAUUACAUAAUGUAUAAUAUAUAUCUUGAUUUAUUGUUUUGUUGUUAUGAUUAAAACUAGUUAGAGACUGAAUUAUGCAAUGCAUUUUAUUCCAUUAAAGUAUCUUAGACUUCAAA